AUGUCUGACAAUAGCAAGAUGAGGAUCAAUCUCCUCCUGCUUGGAAGAACACAAAGUGGGAAAAGUGCAGCAGGAAACACUCUUCUGGGCAGCACAGACUUUGCAAGUUUUCUUUCUCCAUGCUCUGUGACUACAUCCUGCCACCUAGGCCGCAGCUGUAACAUUUCAGAUUUUGGGCGUCAGCAAGGAAGAGCACUAACCGUGCAAGUCCGUGUGCUGGACACUCCUGGAUAUCCUCACAGCAGCCUCAGCAAAGAGCAGAUCCAGAAAGACGUCAAUGCUGUAGCUCAGCACUUUGGAGAAGAAGGCCUGCACUUGGCACUUUUGGUUCUGAGAGCUGAUGUUGUACUGUGUGAAGAAGAGGAAACUCCCACCAUACAACUGAUUGAGGAACUCCUUGGGCCUAAUUGGAAGACUUACACUGUCGUUUUAUUUACUCAUGCAGACCAGAUUGAAAAAUCAUCAUUUACUAUAGACAAAUAUUUGCAUAGUGCCUCAGACACACUACAUAAAGUAAUGCAGUUAGUUCAACAAAAAUGCAUUUUUAUUGACAAUCACGCUAGGUUUCUAAAACGUGAAAACCUAAAAGCAUUAAGAAAAAUUAUGGAGUUUCUAAAACAAAACAGUUUCCAGACCCUUCAUGUGAAAUAAACAAUGCUAUACGUUUAAAUAACUUACCAUUUCCAAAUUCUGAAUUCUUUGCUGCUUUUAUAAUUUACUCUUUUGACAGCCAGGGUUCGAGACCCAAGCACCGCACAAUGGGGUUUUGAGAUAGUUAUUCUUUUCAGAUUCAAUUUCCAUAGUAUCAGAUUGUAGUAUCCUAUAGAAAACUACUUAUUUUCACCCAGUGUAUCCAGAAUCAAAUAUAAAUUUCAUAUAUUCAACUCUCAAGGUGGUUUUAAAAUGCCUAUAUUUUGUGCACUAAUCAAGCUACAUUUCCAGAAAAUAUAUUUCAAUACAUUAAAAAUAUAUUAAUAUUAGCUAAUACUAACAUGUUGAUAACAUCACUCUAGUUCUAAAAUAUA